GAAACUAUAAAAGCCGGAGCACUCACGGGCCGGCACCAGUUCAAACACAAACACGCUCGAGUGAAUUGCUAGAAAUACCAAAAAAGUAACGAGACAAUAAAAGUGCGUAAUUUCAUCAUCCAGAAAAUUGUUAAAUCUAUCAAGUGAAAUCAGACAGUGAAAAAUGGCUCUGAGUAAUUCGUUUUUCCGCAAUUGGGUGAACACUUCGCUUCGUGCAUCUCGGAUGCUGGACCACCACUUCGGCCCAACUAACGAUCUGCUGAACUCCAUGCGUAUGGCGGCGGCUGCCCAAACAGCACUGCUAGACGAGAUGACCAACUCGUUUGCCAGGCCUUGGUAUACCAGACCGUCGGACUCGGAAUCCCUGGUGAAGAUUGCCAACAACAAGUUCCAAAUCAAUUUGGAUGUACAGAACUUUUCACCAGAAGAAAUAUCCGUCAAAGCGACCGAUGACAGCAUCAUAGUCGAGGGCAAACACGAAGAGCGCCAGGACGAGCAUGGCUUCAUCACCCGCCACUUUGUUCGCCGCUUCAUGCUUCCAGCUGGGUACGACCGGGACGGAAUUGUAUCGUCGCUUUCGUCGGAUGGUGUGCUGACCAUCAGUGCUCCUAUCAAGGAAGAUUUACAGAAGGAGCACGUCAAGGCAAUACCGAUAGCUCAGACCGGCGAAGCUCAGAAAAAGAUUGAGGAGAAAUCCGAAAAACCGGAGGAGAAAUCAGCUGAGAAGCCCGCUGAAAAGUGAAAUGGAAACACCUGAACAUUUAAAAAUGAUUUGCCAUCUUUACCUCAAAGAAACUUUUAAUAAGGCUGCAUUUAGUUUAGAGUAGAUUACUUUAGUAGACUGUAAAUAUAUAGUAUUAGAUACCAAACAAAUAAAGUUCUUCUUAUUUGUUCAGAAAGAAAGCCAAAAAAUAGAAGGCAUUGCUUCAGUAUGAAUUGAUAAUCAGGCUUCUGAAGUGUCUUCGUGUAAUUUUAAUUUUAGGAAACUAAGAUGCCCUUGUUCUAUAGAAGCAGAUUUCUACUUUCAUCAAGACUGAAGAAUCUUGUUGGUGUAAUGUUGUUUCAGUAAAUAAGCGCAUCACUAAUGCUCUAAGACUGAGAAUAAAAACACGACCUCUAAUGAGUGGGGAAUUUUUUAAUCAAUAAAAAUAAUCAUGAAUCAAGAAACUUCAGAACAAUAGA